AUGGAUUCUAGUGAACAUUUUCAAAAUUUAUCAACAUCUCAAGAGUUACCAAAGAAAAAAAUUACAAAUCCUUUGGAUAUGGCAACUAGUUCUGAUCCAACAUUAUUAUUACCGGAUUAUUCAAAGUUAUCUGACAGCAAAUUUAUACAAAUGUUAUUAAUAUCAAUGUCCAAUACUAUUAAUCAAGAUGCAAUUAUUGAAUUAUUGAAUCAGAAAGAAAUAUUGUUAUUUAUUCGUGAACAUACACAAUUGCUCAAUAAAUUCAAUUAUUCUGAAUUACAACAUGAACAAUGGUCUUACUAUUAUAAUCUUGGCAUAACUGAAGGUAUUUGGAAUGGACGAGUAUCGAAAAAAUUGGCCGAAGCUAAUUCAAUGUGUUACACAUAUGGUCGAUCCAAAAACUUAAUCAAACAACGUCUUGAAAAAUAUAGAGUACAAUGUGAUAAAAAUCAAGAGGCUAUUAAUGAACAUAUCAAACAAACACCUGCCAUUAUUGAUAUACAAAAUAUUACAACUAUGAUAAAUAAUUUAAUCAAUAAAGAUCAAUAUGAAUUACGACUUGAACUUGACCGAAGAAAAACAAUGCUCCGACUAGAUGCUGAAGAACACAAAAUUGUUGAAGAAUUCUAUCA